UCGCAGAGAGGUCGAGAAGAAGAAACUGCUUUCAGCGAGAAGACAGAACUCACAAUGAAGCUCGUUGCUGUUCUUUGCCUUGUUUUCUGUUUGGUUUGUAUCAUCGUAGGUAUGUGUGCUAUAGAAUAAUCGUAAUAAUAACAAAUUUAUUUAAGGAGGGUAACACACAACAGUAAUUCAACUGAUGAAUUAGUCGCCCUCGAUCCUAAAAGUACCGUCAUUAGAUUAUUCGAGUUUUAUAAAACUGGUCCAAAGGUCUAUAUGAAUAUAAGCUACAAACUAAAUAAAAUGAAAAAAGCCGCUUGAGUCAGGUUAAAUCGCAUCCAGACUGAGAAUCCCACUUAACCUUUUGUGUAGUCUAAAAAAAUGAUCGCUAACACCCAAAAUAGUUUUCCUUCUCCUUUCCCCUCUCUGGGUUUGUCGUAUUGGAAAAAAAUAUCACACGCUUUCGCAGAACAAUGAGAUAACAACCAAUUACAAUGAUCUUUUAAAAAACACGACACUAACUGGUUCCUUAUUUCCUAAAGAUUUUCAUCAAAUGAUUUUAAAAAUGAAGCCUAUGGGUGAGCUUCUAUUUUAUAAGUAAAUGAAAGAAACCAACCGCAAGGUGACUCAAACGUGCAUUUACUAUUUCCUAUUUGACUGUGACGAUAAUUUUACGCCCAUAAUUCCUUUGUUACCUUGGUUGUCAGUCGGCUGUUGUGAUAACUUUGGUACAGGUUUCACAGCGCCUGAUUGUCGGGCACCGGUCCUUAACCAUCAUAAUACUAUUGAAGCCAGAGUUUGAAAUAUUUCCUUUUGAAGUUUUAAGAGCAAUAAUUGUACUUUUAUGGUUUUUUUUCUUAUGCAUUUACCUGUAUUGACUAUCCGAUAGCAGUACUUGAUCUUAGUAUACACCACUAUAGUGAAUAGUGAUUUUCACGCGCGCUAAUUGGCUAGUUCGGAAGCGAACUGCAAGUACUAUUCACCUCCACUUCGGUGAAUAAUUGUACAAUAUUUUGAUUCAUCCUCUCCCAUUUCGUUCCAAGUAUCUCCUCUAAUACUGCCCAGAACUAUUUACUUAACUGUUAUCCUUUCACGCACGUUUUACGUACGGCAAAACUUACGCGACAUUAUAAACACCUUAAACGUAGUUCCAUACCAAAUUCCAGGUUUUUUUAAAAAGUUGUAUGCCAUUUGCAAUAAUCGAAAUCGCGAGAGUACGGAAAAAAGUUGAAAAGCCUUCAGCACCUACGCACGAGCGUGCGUUUCUUGCAAGUUCGUAAAUAAAACGUUUUCUUUUCGCACGUUUUCCGCAUGGAAAAGCUUUCUCCUCAAACCUCUGGUAAUCAUUGUGGAAUGUCUGAAGACCUUUUAACCCUUUAACUACCAUGAGUGACCAAGACAAAACUUCUCCUUACAAUUUUGAGAGCGAAAGGAGACAGCUCGCUCUCAAAAUGACGUCAAUGGUUAUAUAUAUAUAUAUAUAUAUAAUUUUUUAAAUUUACCAUUCACUGGUUUUUUUUUUUUUCAUCUAGGUGAAGAGAGUUCCAGCGAUGCACCUUUACGAGGUAUCAUGAACGCUACUUUUAGAGAGUUUUAGAUCCACGUUUGGUGUGAUUAUCGCAAACGUAAAACCUGUUAAAAAUUGUGGUUAGAAAAUAGAAGUUUUGAGACUUUCAGCUUUUUAGAUCGACGUCGGCUUUCGACUGAAAAAGUCAACAUGUUCGCUGCCAUCUUGAAUUACACGGAAAAUGGAGGUCCUUCAUAUCAAACACAAACUAUGGCUGAAAGAUUGGUUCCUAGCGUUCCAAACGGGUUGGUUGUAACAGGAGCCCAUUACUCGGAGCAUCCAUACCAGUUGUACCCUUGAGUCAAUCCUGUCCCGUAUCUUUUUAUUUUUAGAACUAAGAUACGUGGAGGGCUCUUUAAUUUCCCGCAAAACCACGCUGACGUUCGCACAACACCAUUGAAAAGAAAAAAAAAAUGGAAAUUUUCCGCCCUCUUCGCCAUUAUUAAAGGACUAUCGUGUGGCCUGCAUGUGUCAUAAACAAUAGAGGACCACGGCUCUCUUAUGAUUGGCUAUUAUGUAAACACCCGCGAAAAACCCCGUGGAAGGCGCCUCUCAAAAUAAAAAGAUACGGGACAGGGUUGACUCAGAGGGUAAGUAUGGAAGAUUGAAACUCCGGAUAAUGGGCUCCUGGUUAUGAAGAAAAGACUUCACCUCACAUAUAUUCUUAUAGGCCAUACGUGAGCACUAUCGAACAGGAAGACAAAAACCGUGUGAGCUCAAGUACCUGAAACUGCCUAGCCCGAAAAUAAAACGUGGACGGCAAACGGCAAACAUGACCGUUGGAGUCUGAUCACGUGACCCUAGACGUUUGCGGUCACACGUAUUCAGAAACAAACAUAGAUACUAAUGUUCGGGUGUCAAGGGUUAAUAGACUGCCGAGAUAUAUGCAAUCGUUCCUGUAUUUUCAUCCGCGAUCGUAACCAUCACAUUUAAACUGCAUGCCUUGUUGUUGGUUUUUUUUCUAUCCUUUUAGAAUGCAACGAUAGAGAAAAGGCCUUGAAAAAUUGCCCAGCUGGGAAGAAAUGUAUGGCUGUUAUUGGGAAGAGAAGAAGAAGUCGCCUUGUAUGUGUAACUGAGGGGAAGAGCGGCGAUCAGCCUGGGUAUACAAUUCCACGCGACGAGUCCCGUAAAUCAAAGGAAUAA